AUGCUGCGUUUGUUUCGCCGUGUCAUAACAAGGAGUUACGGCUACCCCGCAAUUCUACGAAUCAGGGAGAACAGUCACUCGAAUGAAAGAAAUCGAAAUGUGCAUUUUCGGCGUUUCUCGCAAUCGUUGGCACCAGAAGAGAAGACUUUCAGAAGUCCGAGAGCUUCUAUAGAAAUACCAACGACUUCCCUGAGCGAUUACAUGUUUACACAAUUUGCAAAGUUUGGAAGUAGAAAAGCUAUUGUUGACGAUGCAACUGACACAGUAUACACUUACUCGCAGCUAGAGGACCUCUCAAGAAAGGUUGGCAGUUUCUUGUACAGGAAAGGGCUCCGGAAGAAUGACGUCAUAUGUUACUAUGGUACCAACAAUCCAGAGUUUUGUCUUCUGUUACUAGGAUGUGCUUCUGUUGGUGUUGUCUUGACAACGGCUAAUCCUGCAUACACGUCUGGGGAACUGAAGAGACAUAUUGAGCAUUCAGGGACGAGGACACUGGUUACCAUUCCUCCGCUUGUAACACAGGCACGAGAAACAAAUAUCAGCGACAUUAUAGUGAUAGGUAAUGCUGAUGGUUUUCAGUCAUUUUCCGACAUGUUAGCCGACGAUGGCAAGUAUUUCCCGACGGAUAUCACAAUCGACCCGCACGAAGAUGUUGUCAUAAUGCCGUACAGCAGUGGUACCACAGGGCUUCCUAAAGGCGUCAUGCUGAGCCAUUAUAAUGUGGUGGCCAAUCUUAUGCAGCUUCAAAAUGCUCAUAGUAUGACCAAAGAUGACACGAACUUAGCGGUUCUCCCAUUUUUCCACAUUUUUGGAAUGGUUGUUACCAUGUGUGGUACAUUAAGAGAUGGUGGUAUACUGGCUAUAACACCUGGGUUCCAUCCGGAAAGAUUUUUAAAUGCUAUUGUAGAACACAAGGUAACACAUCUACAAAUGGUACCACCUAUUUUGUUAUUUCUCAUUCGUCAUCCAGCCGUGGACAAGUUUGACCUGUCACGGUUACGCUACAUAAUGUGCGGUGCAGCACCGCUUGGAAAGGCGGUUACAAACGAGUUCAUGGUCAAGAGAAAUUUAAUCGUAAGACAAGGUUAUGGUUUGUCAGAAACCACCACCGUGGUUGCUAUAGAUAAUGCAUCAAUUACAACAGGAUCUGUUGGACCAUUGCUUGCAAACACAGAGGCCAAGAUCAUAGACCCCAAAACAGGGAAGAGCCUAGCACGUAACGAGACGGGAGAACUUUGUGUUAGAGGUCCUCAGAAUAUGCUUGGCUAUCUCAACAAUGAAAAGGCCACUAACGAAAUGAUAGACGAGAAAGGGUGGCUACAUACAGGUGACAUAGGACAUAUGGGAGACAACGAUUGUAUUGUGAUAACGGAUCGUCUGAAAGAGCUGAUCAAGUAUAAAGGACAUCAGGUCGCUCCCGCCGAAUUAGAAGACCUACUACAUAAUCACCCAGCAGUGCAAGACGUUGCUGUGAUUGGAAUGCCGGACGACCGAGCUGGAGAAUUACCACGGGCGUAUGUGGUGCUCAAACCUGAUAUUUCUCUCCAUGAACAUGACAUCAUAAACUAUGUGAAGCAAAAUGUUUCAGACUACAAGCGUCUGAGAGGUGGUGUUGAGUUUGUGAAAGAAAUUCCAAAAUCUCCUAGCGGCAAAAUCCUGCGUAGAUUACUCAGAGACCAGAUGUCAAUGUAAUUAAAUCAAACCGAGUCGCCUAUUGUUUUUGAUUUUCUUUGUGUUUUAUGCUUCCAAAGUAUCUUCUUGCAGAUUUCAUUUGUUAGCGGACAUUUUUUUUCUAUUGUUUUAUCGUCUGUUUUACAAUUCAGAUGUUAUUAAGUUUCAUACUGCAUUAUCAAAAUGAAGAUUGUCGCCCCUUACUUAAAGUAGAAUGUGGCAAACGGAAAAAGAAACUGCAAAGCUAGCUUUUGAUGAGAGAAUAUGUAAAAUAUGUACUUGAUAAAAUGUCAGUGUUUUUUUAUACUGAGAUAUUAAGAAGUAAUAAAUCAAGAAAUAAUUUGGAACUUGCUAAAUUAAUAGGAAUUCAUUAAGUCGGUGAAUACUGUAAAUUAAUGUAAAAUAAGAAAAUUAUCAAUAUAUGUACCUAAGAGCUUUGAAAGAAA